GCGAAUAGCGCGAAUAGGGAUGGUUCGUGUUGCGAUGUUGCGGUUGUGACUCGUGAGUGCUUAGCCGCUUAGCUUGCAGGUAUUUUUCUCCUUCGCGUACUUUGUCCGCAGGAGCAGCCCUGAAACAACAGUUGCUACCACUUCGGUGUUCUGAAAGGUUCUCCCACGCGCCUACAAAGAAAAUGCGCAGCCCUGGGCAACGACAGAUCGGUCCUUCCCCAGACACGGCCAGACCACGCAAAAUUCGCUCCAUCCAAGGAGCGGGAAGGGCAAGCGCGUCGUGCCGAGCAGAGUCUACUGAGGGCCGCAGCUGCACGACAACAGCAAAAGGCGCAGGACCCUGAAUAUCACGCAUGAGAGGCAGUGUGUAAGUGCAGAAGGCACUAAGACCCCCGUGUUUGCAUGGAAAAGGAAAAGAGAAAGUGUCUCUGACGAGCCACAGACGAGGAUCUGCGGGAGGACAUGGAGGUGGCAGGAUCCAGACUUCGUCGUUCCCUCCGCUGCGGCGACCAUCACAUUAGAAGCGCGUCUCGGUGUUGUUUUCUCGCCGAAGAGCACAUUUUAUAAAAGCACACCUACAACUAUACUACUAAAAGAGGAGCUCGUAAAGCAAUUACUCUAAAGCACGUCAGCAAAGGGUAUUUAUUUUAAAUCACACCUUGCGACUACGCAACAGCUGCCGCUGUUGACUGUUGAUCGCAAUCCACUUUGCAUGGUCGUUCGCAAUUUUUUACAGCGAAGCUGUUUAGAGCCAGUUCUCCCAAUAUCGUUUUCGCGGACAAGCGGCUUGGCAACACCAAACUCGAAUCUGUUCACCGUCACCCUCAGUCUCGUACGACGAGGAGAGUUGCCCAUUGUGUUCCAUGCCGUCUCUUCCCGAACGCUGUCGGCAACGGAGGCUAGCCGGUCCAUUGUGCUGUAAUGGAGCUUCACCUUCUUCCCCGGCGUGAGUGGCCACCUAUGUUUGUGCCAUCGAGCACGUCCCGUGAUUUGCGCGGCCCUACUAGAAUGAAACGUCAUCGUCUCACCUGCAUAUCGUGUGUGUCCUGUGUCCCGUGACGUCAAGAUCGUGCUAGCACUCUUAUCAGUCGCCCUUUGGAGUCACGAUGGGUCGGCCGCGUCGCCUUUAUUCCGAGCAAGAAGAGGAGGAGCGCAAGGAGCGGCGACGUGCGCUGCAGCUCGAAUGGCAGCGCAACAAACUCCGCGAAGCCAUUAUUGCCUCGUCUUCCACUGCGCCCAGUGGUUCAAAAUUCCUUGCGAGAAAAGGGCAGAUCGCUCGCUUUGGACGCGCGAUGGGUCGGCCGCGUGUCUACGUUUGUUCGGAGGAAGAGCGCAAGGAGCGGCGACGUGCGCAGCAGCGCGAAUGGCUGCGCAACAAACGCCACAAAGCUGCUAUCGCCUCGAGUUCCACUGCAUCCGAAUCCCUUGCGAAAGAAGAGAAGAUCGCUCGCCUGGAACGCCGCCGAGAACAGAACCGGGAGUGUAACCGGCGCCGGCGGGCCAACGCCACGGACGAGGAUCGUGCCAGGGAAGCCAAGCGGAAGCGCGAGGCCCGGCGACGACAGGACGCCACGCCGGCUGAGCAGUUCCCGGGUGCGACGGCGAGGUUCCGGAGGGAGCUCAUGGAGAACCCGUUCGGCGUCACGUGUGACAGAGGACACUUUGGCCCGGAUCAGUUCCAGAUAGCCCCGAGGAGGACUAGCAGGGAAAAGGAGAAGAGUGCCAAUGAUGUGCAGGAUGACUUUGAAGUGCAAGAAAGCGAAAGCAUACUGCCGGAUGAUGGACCAGGCUGGGGUGGAUCCAGUGAUGAGAGUACCAUUUCAGCCAACACUAUCAAGACAGAACCACAAGAUUAUGUCGAACAAGACGAAGAGCCUGGCAGCCAUCUUGCGUCCGUGAAGUCGGAGUCGGAACUCUAUGGGGUAGAUUGGAAACCUCACAGCCUAGUGCCUGCUCUUACCAAAGAUUACAUGGAUACGACGAAGGUCACAUUCCACAUGAAUGCAGAGCCGCAGGUUUCCGAAGCGACCCAACGACACGAUGGCGUGGUGGUGGCCGUUAAGAUUGAGCCGCAAGACGGGACGGAAGUUUGCAUCGAGGAGGUUCCUGUGGGGACAGGGGUGGAUGAUUCCAGCGGCAAUGGCACGAUGGCAGCUGUUACUAUCAAGACGGAGCCACCAGAAUAUGUCGAGCAGGACGAAGAGCCUAGCUGCCAUCUUGUGUCCGUUAAAUCAGAGCCAGAAUGUUACGAGGAAGUCUGGCAACCUGGGAACCCAGUGCCAGCUCUUACGAAAGGUGAACCACCAGAUCACAUGGACCUGACAAAGGUUACGUUCCACACGAAUCCAGAGCCGCUGGUUUCCGAAGAAGCCCAACAACGUGGCAACGCAGCGGUGGCCGUCAAGAUUGAGCCUCACAAUCCGACAGAAGUCGACGAUCCGGCACUUCCCGCGGAGACAGGGGUGGACGGUUCCAGUGGCAAUGGCACGAUGGCAGCUGUGACUAUCAAAACGGAGCCACCGGAAUAUGUUGAGCAAGACGAAGAGCCUAGCUGCCAUCUUGUAUCCAUUAAAUCAGAGCCAGAAUGUUAUGAGGAAGUUUGGAAACCUGGGAACCCAGUGCCAGCUCUUCCGAAAGGUGUACUACCAGAUCCCAUGGACGUGACAAAGGUUACGUUCCACACGGAUCCAGAGCCGCUGGUUUCCGAAGAAGCCCAACAACGUGGCAACGCAGCGGUGGCCGUCAAGAUUGAGCCUCAAGAUCCGACGGAAGUCGACGAUCCGUCGCUUUCCUCUGAGACAGGCCUGGAUGCGGCAGCUGCGAAGGAGUUCCAGCAAGAUGCAGUCCCCGUGAAUCCCAUUGGCUCGUAUUCCGUCCUGGCUCGGCCACCGCGGCGGGUCUUCCCCUUCGUCUCGGACAAAGCACAGCCGCAGGUGAAGGUCAUCUACUUCCGCAAGGUGGAGCACGGCAUCGCGAUGCAGCCCGUGGUGACGACUCUGCCGGUCGCGGAGGUGCAGUCUUUCCUGGCGGCGGAGUCCCAAAACCCGGGCGUCGUGCCAAUGUGGCUUCCUGGUUCCGGUCCGACUGCGGUACCUUCGCGGAAAGUCGAACAACAUCGGGCCCUCGUGGAUCUGAAUCUCCCGGUGCGGCCACUUCGGCACGCACCCUCUGCCGUCAGCGAACCUCAGGAAGAUUUAGUCCGAUCCCACGAGGUCGAGCGGUCCUAG